AACUAGACGCAUGUUGAGCUCUCAUCCCAGGUUCUCAUCUCUGAACAUCUUGAAGCUUUGAAAUACCGACAUGCAUAAAGCCGUGGUCAUGCGGCGGCUCAGCAUAUCCCGUUUCUCACCCUUCCAUGGAUACCCCCCUGGAGAAAUUGAAAGUGUAUAGCUGCGGGCUGUUCAACAGUCUUCCACCUAGUAGAUCCCGAACAUUGGGGCAAGAUCGUCACGUAAAGCUAGCACCGUUGACUAAUGCUGUAGCCGAUGUUCCUACUGAGAAUACCUAUCUUUUUGACGGUCAAGGGCCGCCCAUUUCACUACCAUAUAGGACAAGUACUCGAGAUGUAUGGUUCUCAAUCGCCAUAGUCGGUACUACGUGCCUUCUUGGGGGAUCCAUCUUGGGCCGUACUCGGAUGUCACUACAAAGACGUCGGUUCGCACGAGGGUGUCUUUUAGGAACAUUCGUCGCAUACUCGGCCAAUAAGCUCUGUGGUGACGGCGGAUUUGGGUUUGCGAUGAAGACGCAGUUCAAAGAUCCAAACCUUAUGACGUAUUGGAAGGCCGCAAUGGCCACGAAAGAGUUGCUAAAAGAUGGCAGAGAUAUGAGUUCUGGGCUGAAUGAUUCUAUAUACUUCAGCUCACUCUUCAAUAUUCCUGAUUCUGAGUCUUGGAAAGACGUGAAGAUGGUAAGCCUGGAUGAUUUCCUCCAUGGCGUUGGGUGUAGUCCCACUACGAGAUGGCUCCUCUGCAAGAUUCUACGGCAGUUCUUUGUUGGAAAGGGGAUAUCUCCGGAAGACACCGAUCUUCUCAUAGCUCAUAUGAGUACCUUCACGGAUAUGAAGCGUUUGAACCGUAUUGAAAUGCUUAGCUGGCUAAACUACGCCACAUUCUUUGGCUUAGGACUGACGGCUUAUCCACUGUUGCCAGGACAGCUGUAUAUAUACGGUUGCAUUUGCUUUCUCUCGUUCUACAGUGGUGUUGUCGUCGGACCUGUUCGAAGACAUUACUUUUGGCGAUUCCCUGAACGUAUACGAGACAGGCGCACAGUCGGAUCUGUGCUUCGAGUUACAUUUGUGUGAUCGCGGAUACCCCCACGCCGCUUAUAAUACCCCAGUCGCUUUAUUACCCCACUGCUCAGUGUAACUUGCUGUCGCACUUCUGCUAUUUUGCCGUUCUCCACGUCGCUCCAUCUCUUGAAUACACUCCGCUCUUAUCAAAUACAUUCGAACAUCUUAUACCUCAAUGCGACAUUGCCUGUUGUGUUUUACAACUCACCUCAUCCGACCCUCGUAAAUACCAUUAAACCAGUCAUUUGUCCGACGACGGCCCGUAGACCAAGAAUUUUCAUAUGCUAUGCGAUCUCGUAGCAGUCCUACGCACUAAUCCCUCGACAGAAUUUUUAUGACGUCCAAUUA